AUGAUACUUUCAGGCAGGCGGCGCGCUGGCGCAAUGUCGCCACUAGCUUUAUGCCUCAGCCUCUUGCUGUUCAUAAGCUCGGCGAGUGCUGCGGUACUCGGCAUCGACUUUGGGACAGAACACAUAAAAGCAGUGUUGGUGAAACCAGGCAUACCAUUUGACAUCGUCUUGACAAAAGACUCGAAACGAAAAGAAGUGGCGGCUGUAGCAUUCAAGCCUACCCGAGACGCCAAGGGCAAUUUCAUCACUGAGGCCGGAAGCUACCCAGAGCGUGCUUAUGGCGGCGAUGCACUCUCACUACAAGGUCGAUUUCCCGGCGAGGUCUUCCCAAACUUGAAGUUCCUCUUGGGCAUACCAUCGGGCAACGAAGGCCAAUCGACGACAUCGAUCUACAAGGAGCGAUACCCUGGUCUGCAACUGCAAGCAUCUGAAGAGCUUGGAACAACGGUGAUCAAGAGCUCGGCAUUCCCCGAAGAUGAGCGGGCUUUCAGUGUUGAAGAGCUGGUCGCGAUGCAGCUGGCCAACAUCAAGCGCAAUGCCCAGAAUAUGGCAGGCAAGGGAAGCAGCGUGGAUGAUGUGGUUGUUACCAUUCCACCCUUCUACACAGCCGACGAGAGGCAGGCGAUCAUGAAGGCAGCAGGCUUUGCCGGCUUUCAGGUCAAUGGCCUGAUAUCAGAUGGUCUAGCUGUCGGUCUCGACUACGCGAAGCCAAGGACGUUCCCAGAGGUCACCAAGGGCGAGCAGCCAGAGUAUCACAUGGUCUUCGACAUGGGUGCGGGGUCCACGACUGCCACCAUCAUGCGCUUCCAGUCACGCAGCGUGAAGGAUACUGGUCGAUUCAACAAGACGGUGCAGGAAGUGGCCGUUGUUGGUGCUGGAUGGGAUCGCACACUUGGAGGAGAUGCUCUGAACCAUGUUAUCGUAGACGACUACGUGAAGAAGUUGUUAACGAAGCCCGCACUGAAGAGCCGUGGAACAACUGAAGACGAAAUCAAGCAGAAUGGGCGCAUUAUGGCUCGUUUCUGGAAGGAGGCUGAAAGAGCCCGGCAGAUCCUAAGCGCGAACAGUGAGGUCAACAGCGGAUUUGAAGAGAUCAUGCCUGACAUUGACUUCCGCACCAAGAUGUCCCGCACCGAAUUCGAGAAGUUGACGGAGUCCUUCGCGGAUCGCGUUCAGACUCCAAUCAAGGAUGCGUUGAAGAUGGCUGAUCUGAAGGUCGAAGACCUGAACUCGGUCAUCUUACACGGAGGUGCCGUUCGCACUCCCUUCGUUCAGACAAAACUUCAAGGCGCUGUUGACGAUCAAGCCAAGCUACGCAGCAACGUGAACGCGGACGAGUCUGCUGUGUUUGGCGCCGCUUUCAAGGCGGCUGCACUCUCGCCGAGCUUCAAGGUUAAGGAGAUCCGUGACUCUGAUGUUGCCGGUUAUGCAGCGACCUUGGUGUAUGAUGACCAAGGUAAAGAGCGGAGAAAGCCGCUCUUCGAACCAAACUCGCCUGUUGGCUCCGGUUCCACGACCAAGCAAGUCUCAUUCAAAGACAAGGAGGACUUUUCCUUUGGCUUCGUGCAGAACGUUGGCGGUGUGGACAGACCUACCUUGAGAGUGCAGUCAAGCAACCUCACCGCCUCUGUUGAGGAACUGAUCCGUAUCGCUGGCUGUGGCAAAGAGUCGAUUGACACAAAGUUCAGCGUGCGACUUGGCCUGCCGCUCGGACUACCUGAUGUCACCGGAGGAAGUGUCAGCUGUGAAGUCGAUCCGAGCAAGAAGACCGGCAGCAUCGGCGACUCGGUCAAGGGCUGGCUUGGUUUCGGGAAGGGUGAUCAACAGCCCCUGGACGACGAGGCUGAUGGUCCUGUGGAGCAAGUGGACGCCAAAGCGUCAGCAAGUUCCGGAUCAGCUGCAUCAUCGUCCACUGCGGCUGCGAGUAGCUCCAAGGCUCCAGAACCACCCAAGAAGCAGACUGAAGUGAUCCCAUUGAAGUGGACCAGCACAACAGAAGGCAAUCCGCAGCCUGCGCCCGAUGCAAUCACGCAGGUGCUGCAACGCUUGAAAGACUUUGAUCUUUCCGACAAAGCCCGCUACGCUCGUGAUGAGGCACAGAAUGUUCUCGAGAGUUAUACCUACACAGUCCGCGACUUCCUGGAGAACAAGGUCUAUGAGAAGGUGAGCACCAAGGAGCAGCGCGACCUGAUCAGCAGCACUCUACAAUCGACCAAGGAGUGGAUGGAGUCUGGUGAUCUAUCGAAAGCUUCUACAGAAACCCUAAAGGAGAAGCGCGAGGCGUUGAAGAAGCUCGUUGAACCGAUACAGCUCCGCCUUAGGGAAAGUACGGGCCGAUCUGAGACCGUGGAAGGCUUGCAGAAGUCCCUUGAUAAACUUCAGAAGGGCAUCUUGAGACUCGAAUCAGCGGCAUCGAAGGCUGCUGCAAGCAUAGCUAGCGCUGCUACAGCUUCAUCAGAAACUUCAACAACUGCGGGUUCGAAGGCACCCUCCGAUCUCGAUGAACUCGAAGGCGCGGAGACUGAAACAUCGCCAACCCCGAGUGAAACGCCCGCCGCAAUUAACCCGUACGAAGGUAUGGACUUGACGACAGUGAACGAGACCUACAACUCCAUCUCAACUUGGCUGAAGGAGACAAUUGCAGAACAGGAGAAGCUCAAGCCAUACGAAGACCCAGUCUUCCUCUCACGAGACGCUCAGCGCAAGAGUGAACAGAUUGCUAGAGCACUGGAGGAUCUGGUACAGAAGACGACCAAGGCCAAGGCAGCCAAAGCGAAGAAGCCCAAGACGACCAAGUCCAAGACGACGAAGCCGAGCAAAGCGACUGCUGACCGAGCAGCUGACGGGGAAGAGCCUGUACCGGCAGAUGCCGCACCUGAAGAUUCUUCGGCGGCAAAACAGCAUGAGACACACGAAGCCGCGGACCCAGAAGCAGCUGAGGCUCCAGAACAGAAGCCAGUCAAGGGCGGCGAAAGCAUUGAGGACAUGCUGAAAUGGAUGAAGAAAGAUGGGAAGAAAGAGACUCCUGACAGGGAACAUGAAGAAUUGUAG